CAUAGAUACUAUAUAGUAUCUGUGAUCACUGAUUUAAUAGUGUGUGGAAGAACAUAGAAAACGUGAGAUGGAACUACAAGACAUCACGGAAAACACUGGGGAAAGCUGGGCUAUGAUAAAGGAAUAUUUAAUGAAACUACAAGAACUGAGAAGCAAACUUGAAGGGCGAAGAAGAAGAUUGAUUGAUCUAGAAAACACUUUAAGGUGCAGUGCUGCCAUUUUUUGUGUCUACUGAAAAUUUUUUUUCACAAAAUCUUUGAGCAAAACUAAGUUUUACUCGGAAAUUUUAUUUAUAAAUAGUUACGAUAGGUUUUAACAUUGCCUGUUGUUACUAGAGAAACUAAAUUUUUAUUUUGAACAUGCCUGGUGCAUAUUCAGUGGUGAUUGAGCUCAUGACAUACUAGCAUUAUAAAAAUUUUUAGGAGCAUUAGAUGAGUUUUUACUUUCCAGUUUUGCUUAUUGUAGCCCCACCCAUAUAAAUUGUGCAUGACUUGCUAAAAAAUGCACCAGAAAGCAAUGAAUGAUCUCUGAGUCUUUAUAAAAUCCAACUCAAGAUCACUAAUUAAAUUAGUAGAAAAUUGCUAUGUUGUGGUGCAUCAUGCACUUGUUGCAUUUUCAUUGUAAUUUCUAUGAUCUUAAUAUGUGCAAGCAGGCAAAAUUUAAAAAGAAAUAAUAAUGAGAUGCAGCAGUUAGAGAGGUAAGAUUUAUAAUACAGUCAUUAGCCUAUAGCAAAGAAAUGUUUAGAAAAAUUGAACAAAUUUCCAAAGAAAAUGACAAAUCAACAAAAAAAAUAAGAGCAUACAUAAGACUUCCACAAGUAAUGCAACAGAAAUCAUGGCAAGAACAACGUUCAACAAAAAGGGAUGAGCUAAAAGAAAUUUAUCCACAAUAUGUAAAAAUUGUGUUGAACUACAUUAGAUCUGAACUCUAUCAAAUUCUUAAGUGUCAAGCAGCAGAGGUUCCUGAAGAAAAAGCUGACACCAGGGAAACAUACAAAGUCUAUGGUUUAUUGCUCAGUGCCUGUGCAUUAAAGAAAAGAGACCCAGUAGAACCUGCUGUAGUGAAUCAGGUCGUGAAAGAUACUCAAAAAACUUACAAGAGAAGUGAGACCCUCAUUAUACAAGAGUAUGUAGUCAAAGCCAUUACAUUGACACAUAAUAUGCUAACACUGGUACCUCCUUUACUAAUCACGACUGAGAUCAAGAAAUACAAUGAAGCACUCCAUGAUGUAAAUCGAGCCACAUGGAAUGAUGAUAGAAGGAAAGAACGUUUGAUAUAUUAUCGUCCUAUUUUACUAGAUGGUAAUCAGUUACAUAUUGCAGAGAAAGGUUUGGUAGGAAAUAAAAUUGAAGAAGAGUCAAAAAAGCAACAGCACCAACAAAAAUUACAAUUGGAACUACAAAAGGAAUCAGUAAUACAGGAACAUCGACAAAUAGAAAAACAGCAUCAGCAGUCACAAGAAGCAAUUAAAUGUGCAGCUUGUAAGGGAGUACUUCACAAUGGUGAUGAAGGGGGUACUCUUGAUUGCAUGUAUCACAUUGGUUUGUUUUGGCAUAAACAACAUUACAAAUGUUUUUUAUGCGAUAAAAAAGUUGUGUAUGGAAAUUUCAAGUAUUUUGAGGAUAACAACGUUGUUUAUUGCAAUGGAUGUGCAUCACAUUCUGAUAAGGUUAUGAAUGACACACAACGCAUUACUGAUAAAUGCACAUCAGUAUAGCCAAGAGUCUUGGUGUAGUUUAUUGUAAAGACGGGAGGGGCAGAGUUAAUUCUUUAACUAUUUUGAUUGUGAAAUUGUUAUACAA